AUGAGUUCCCUACGGUUCCUCGAUCUGGUCAAGCCGUUCGUGCCGUUCCUCCCCGAGGUUCAGCAGCCGGAGACCAAGAUCCCCUUCAACCAGAAGCUGAUGUGGACGGCCUUGACCCUUCUCAUCUUCCUGGUCAUGAGCCAGAUGCCUCUCUACGGCAUUGUCUCCUCCGACAACUCGGACCCCCUAUACUGGCUGCGUAUGGUUAUGGCGAGUAACCGUGGAACCCUGAUGGAGCUGGGUAUUACCCCCAUCAUCUCCUCUGGCAUGGUCUUCCAGCUCCUCGCUGGUACCCACAUGAUCGACGUCAACCUCGACCUCAAGAGCGACCGCGAGCUGUACCAGACCGCCCAGAAGCUCUUCGCCUUUAUUCUCUCCGCCGGCACUGCCACUGUCUACGUCUUCACCGGCCUCUACGGCCGACCCUCUGAUCUCGGCGCCGGCAUCGUCUUCCUCCUCGUCCUCCAGCUCUUCGUCGCCGGCAUGAUCGUCAUUCUCCUCGACGAGCUCCUGCAGAAGGGAUACGGCCUGGGCUCGGGUAUCUCCCUCUUCAUUGCCACCAACAUUUGCGAGUCCAUCAUGUGGAAGGCAUUCUCUCCCACCACCAUCAACACCGGCCGUGGCCCCGAGUUCGAGGGUGCCGUCAUUGCCCUCUUCCACCUGCUCCUCACCUGGCCCAACAAGCAGCGCGCUCUCCAGGAGGCCUUCUACCGCCAGAACCUCCCCAACAUCAUGAACCUUCUGGCCACCAUCCUCGUCUUCGCCGCCGUCAUCUACCUCCAAGGUUUCCGCGUCGAGAUCCCCGUCAAGUCUUCCCGCCAGCGUGGUGCCCGCGGCUCUUACCCCGUGCGCCUCUUCUACACCUCCAACAUGCCCAUCAUGCUGCAGUCCGCUCUGUCCUCCAACGUCUUUCUCAUCAGCCAGAUGCUGUACUCCCGCUUCUCUGACAACCUCCUCGUCCGUCUUUUCGGUGUCUGGGAGGCCAAGGACGGUUCCGCCCAGCUCUCCGCCAUCUCCGGCCUGGCUUACUACAUGUCUCCUCCCUUGAACUUCAAGGACGCCCUCCUUGACCCCAUCCACACAGCUGUCUACAUCAUCUACAUGCUGGGUGCCUGCGCCAUCUUCUCCAAGACCUGGAUUGAGGUUUCUGGCUCCAGCCCCCGCGAUGUUGCCAAACAGCUCAAGGACCAGGGUCUCGUCAUGGCCGGUCACCGCGACCAGAGCAUGUACAAAGAGCUCAAGCGCAUCAUUCCCACCGCCGCUGCUUUUGGUGGUGCCUGUAUCGGUGCCCUCUCCGUUGCCAGCGACCUCAUGGGCGCUCUCGGUUCCGGUACCGGUACCCUUUUGGCUGUCACUAUCAUCUACGGUUACUUCGAGAUUGCUGCCAAGGAGGGUGACCUGGCCGGUAUGAAGGGCAUGAUUAUGGGUUAA